AUGGACCCAACAACAACCCUCUUUACCUUUAUGUUACGCGACAGAGGCCAGUGGAAGGGAUGUUACACCUUCAAGGAUAUCAUCUGCGAUGGUGACUCUGGCCGAACCCCAAAACGGAACGGCGGCUUGAAGAUGGGCCAGACAUAUUACUUUUAUUACGAGCUAGAUGGCGCGGCUGAGACACAUGAUCCUACUCUUCCCUCAACAAAUAACUGUCCAUAUCUACCCGGCCAGACUGUCAACACUCUCUACGUUCCUGUCGAGCAUACCCUCAGGAACCGCAGCGCAUCCACCACCUCUCUUCGCGAGGAAAACUACAUGACCAUGAAUCCAGCCGACAGAUACAGCACGCCGCAACCCACCGUCGCCUCAUUAAUGGACGCUGCUUCCCGUGCCGCUACCGCCCCUCUACCCGAACUCAAGCGUUCUUCCAGGUCUAUCUCACCGGGCUCCAGCUGGUUCUCGCCACGUAGGCUGUUCGGUCGCAAGCAAAGCUCUUCCUCCCUGCCGGAGAUCAGGCUGCCAACACCUACCGAUGAUACUCGGAGCAUUAGGUCAUCCGGGUCAAGCAGGUCCAGGGACAUGUCGCCCGAGUCGCUUCGCCGGUUCCUGUCCAAUGAUGAACUACCCGAAGAGGAGUAUCAGACAGUGGAACGUCCGGCCAUCACCAUUCCUGAUGAUAUCGUCGAGGAGAACGAAGACGACGACAUGUUCGCCACAUCUGCUGUGUCGGAAUACAUGCAGUUCACCGGCCUCUCCCCUCCGCCAUCCCAACGAUCGCUUACCCCUUCUCCGCCUGUCAAAAGCGGCGAGGCUCUAACACCCACUAUGGCCCUUACCAGGUGCCCUUCUACGAUGCCCUGCCUCGAUCUUUCGGUACCUAAGCUGUCUCUCGUCGACACCAGCUCACCUCAGUCCUCAGCCGACUCGCCUCCCGCCUUCUACCACUCCGAUGACGAUGAGGAGGAUGAGACCCUCGACGAGGACCUCCUUCCCCUUCCCAUGCUUGACUACAGCACGGCCCGCAAGGCUUCCGCCGGUUCAGUCGGGAGCACCCUCUCCACCUACAGCCUCCCCCAGUCUUCGCCCCAAGAAGCAAAGGGGUCCAAGUCUCUCGUGGUCCCCAGGAUCGAGACCAGCAUUCCCGUCUCGCACACUUCCUUCCUUAACAGCCCUACCCCCAACUCGGGUCUUGAGGACCUGAUGACUGAGCUGGGCUGGAUGGCUGAUGCCAUCCGUGGUUAA